AACACGAUCACAGGGAAUUUAACAUCAAGCAAAAUCAAAGGAUUACCAAGGUAAGAUUAGAAAAUAUGAAUUCGUAUGUCAGUAAUCAAGUUCAAAUGGUCUUCCUGAAUGGUAUAAUUGAUUGUAUCCGACAAACGAUCAAGCCAUAAUUCAAAACGAUAUCACUCAGCGUAAACAACCAAUAUAAUUAAAUGUUAUGGCCAUUCUCCAUAUAGAAUCAGGUAAUGUGCUAUUGAUAGAUGCCAUGAUUCAUGAACUUUUUAAGUUAACUAAAACUCAUGUGCCUAUACUAAAUAAUAUUUGUAAUUUAACUUAAAACUCUGGAACGAAACAACAUUAAAUGUAAUGUAGGCUAAGAGUGAGCAUUCAUGACAGCCGGCAUUCGUGACAAUCGUGACAUGACAAUUCAAAAUGAAGUUGAAGUAAAUUGUCCAUUUCGAUAAUACAUCAUUCAGCAUUACGGCUCUAUACUCUAUAGUUCGAAACAUUAAAAUGUAAUACUUAAUGCAAUAUCGCGAGAAAUGUCUGAAAAACAGGGAGACUAUUGCCUAUUGGCUAUUGGUAGUAUCGAUAUUAUCUUUUAACUGCCCAUAAGCCAAAACCGUAUAGUUUCAAUUCAAGAAUACGUCCUACGGUCAUGCAUACUAUAUAUAUAUAUAUAUAUAUAUAUAUAUAUAUAUAUAUAUAUAUAUAUAUAUAUAUAUAUAUAUAUAUAUAUAUAUAUAUAUAUUCAUAACGGACUCAUCAUUUGGUUCCAAUAGUAAAGCUAUAUUAAUUUAUGUGAAAAAGCCAGAAAAUUUGCGACAUAUAUCAUCUCGACUGUACUGUAUAUUAUUGCUUAAAAUGUUUAAUGCAUCAGUUUGCAACUGACAAAGAACAUGCAGAGUCGAGAUUGCAAGUCACCUUGAAUAUUGACAUAAUUUUUUCGAAUUUGUACUUUGAGUCAAAGAGUGCUACUUUAUUUGCUUGGUGGAAACGGUUUUCAUUUCAAUCAUGCCUAUAAAUAAUAUGACCGCCUUGCUGCAUGGCAUUGGUUUCUACUGUGCUGUACCAAUGGACAGAGUCGUGAACUGAAAUUAAAGACUAUGUAAAUAUAAUAUGAUACUCGACUUUAUGUUGACAUUCAAAGGCUUCAAAGUUUGUUCAGUGUUGAAAUGGAUGUGUCGAAAUGUGGAUUCUAUAUUAGCAAGAGCACCAAGUCUAUAUAUAAUAUUCAUCAUUGCACGUCGACCUCAAAGACAAGCAGUAUAUUUCGUUUAAGAGAUGCUAAAAUAUUUAGUACCUUAUUUGUGUUCAUCUGCAGGUGGUAUAGUGUCCAGCUGUUAACAAAACUCCUGAGUCACAUAAAUGUACUUCAUAAUGAUUAAUAUUUUACCAGUCUGGAUAGAAAAGUUCAAGGUUCUCAAACUAUUAAUACCGAACAUGACUUUUUAAAAUAGGAUUAGUCAUUUAUAUAUAGUGUAUACUGAUUUCACAUUGUAGUUUUCACUCAUUAAUCUUUAGAGGUAAUUCCUUUCUUAUGCCACAUAUAACAUGCAUUUAUACAUGUAUGGCAUACAUGAGUGCUUAUUACGUCGCCUCAUUCGACGUACAUAUUUCACGUAAAAAGCGAGAUUAAUUGAAAACCCAUGCUGCAUCAUCUCAGUCUUGCUAUGGGCCGAUAGAUUUGCCGUCUCGUGAGUCUACUAUAUGGGGACCAUCCGCGUGAUCUCCCACAUCUCGCAGUACGUGGCCCCUUGGAGAGACCUCAAUGUUGACGUUCACGACACUAAUUCGUUUUACCAACUUAUGUUUUCUUUUGCGUGCCUAAUUGUAAUCAUUAUGUGAUUUUUUAUAUUGUUGACUUAUAAAUAUUAUAUCUUACAUAUUCUACUAGUUGAUAGCUAGACGUGUUUCCAUGAGCACAACAAUGUUUGCUGGACGAUGAUAAACUUUUGAACAACAUUUUAGUAGUAAUUAUCACCGUACUGUUUUCAUGUUAUUAUCACAAGAAAUCAACACCAUCUCAUUGACUCAUGCUAGGUAACUUUCAUAAGGUGGACUUGAAUAACUUAGAUUAUUUUUCACCCUACUCGGUUUCCUUUGUUCUUGUCGGGGAAUAUGUUCAAUAUUCCCCUCUAAUCAAUUUCCGUUUAAUAAUCCCCUCUAAUAUUCACCUGCAAUUAAUAAUCCCCUCUACUAUUCACCUGCAAUGUCUUUGCAGCACAAAAAAUGAGAAAAAACAACAUCGCGAAGGCGAUAUGGCAUUGAGAAUUAUUUCUUUUCUGACUCAUUAACGCGACCUCGCAGUGUGAAAAAUAAGUACGUUAUUUUGAGGCACCUCGGGGAUAUGUGUUUAUUCACCUCGGCGCUGCGCGCCUCGGUGAAUAAAUCACAUAUCCCCUCGUUGCCUCAAAAUAACCUAUUCUUCUUGCACUUCACUUGGUGGAAUUAAUAUUAGGAUAUUUGGGUUUGUAAUCCAAGUGAGAAUAUAUACAUUUUAAGACCUAGCCAGGAACGACUGCGAAAAAUGCAGCACAACGUCCUCUGGUAGGAAUUGAACGCACGGCCCUGCGAUUAAGGUGCAGCGCUCUAACCAACUGAGCUACAGAGGCCAGCUGUUGAGCUGUAACCGUAAGUUCAUGUAUAUGGUUAGGUCUUAAAAUGUAUAUAUUCUCACUUGGAUUACAAACCCAAACAUCCUAAUAUUAAUUCCACCAAGUGAAGUGCAAGAAUCUAAGUUAUUCAAGUCCACCUUAUCACAACCCGCACACCCGAUUACCUAUAUAUACAUGAACUUGCGGUUACAGCUCAACAGCUGGCUUCUGUAGCUCAGUUUGUUAGAGCGCUCCACCGUAAUCGCAGGGCCGUGGGUUCAAUUCCUACCAGAGGACCUUGAGCAGCAUUUUUCGCAGUCGUUCCUGGUUAGGUCUUAAAAUGUAUAUAUUCUAACUUGGAUUACAAACCCAAACAUCCUAAUAGGUAACUUUCAUCUCCGUGUAUAGUUUUAAUUUCUGGCCUCAUUAUUAAUCUGUAUUUUCUCAUAGAAUCGUGUCACGAAGUGACAAAGAUUAUCAUGGUUUAUAUGCCACCCUGCUUAUUUUGCAUAACACACAUGCAUGUAUAUGGGAAAGUGCAUGCAAUUUGCAUGUACACUUUGUCUUUCACGGGAGCUUGAUAUUCACUGUAUAGUUUCGGAUACACGAGCAAUAUUUUUGCUGCGAUGGUUACGCAAUGGGUGAUAACAGCAUUGCGUUGUCGUCGCACAAGGUGGCUAUACUUGCAAUAUUUCGCCUGCAAUAUACGUCUUCAUAACGCUUUUCAUUGGCUGGUCAAGAACAGUGUCAUUCAUCAACCUUGACCUUCCUUGACCACACCUCCCAAUUUUCGGCAAUCUUUGCCGAAAAUCAAAUGAUUCGAAAUUUCGGCAACGAUUGCGCGCAGCUUUGCAUUGCCGUCGCAGAGCAUGAUACACAAGCAAUUUCUUUCUCGCCACGGCAAUGCAACGAUUUUACCAUCAUUGCAUUGCCAUCGCCAGAAAAGUAUUGCCCGUGUAUCCGUAGCUUUUAAAAACAAAUUGGUUAAAAUAGCCAAUUUGAAUAGACCAUAUGCAUAAUGACGUCACAAGGCUUGAUGCCCGCGAGGAAUGCUGGUCUUAGUAGUCAUCGCCCGGGAAAAUUAAACAAUUCAAAAUGGCCACUAUCGAAAUUUUCCCGGGCGAUGACUGCCAAGACCAGCAUUCCUUGUGGGCAUCAAGUCUUGUGACGUCAUUAUGCAUAAGGUCUAUUGGUUGUCUCAGAUGUAUUUUAUUUUGACGAAUAUUAUUUGAUCAAACCAACAAAAAAAUUGUAUGAAAUAACCAAAUUUGUGGUCGUUUUGAACCAAUAAAUUGAUCUCACAAUUGCACUUCACUCCAAAGAAUUACAAAUAUUCUUGAUCCAAUGUGAACAGGAGCAUAAUAAAAGUGUUUGUGCAUGGUAAGAUUUGAGGCGCUAUAACCCAUGCACGCACUUAUGUCAUUAUGGUACUUGCAUUGCACCCACAAGUUCACAACAGCUACCACUUCUUACACCACUGUACAACAAGAAGUAUAUGCUUCUUCUUUGAAAAGCCAAGAGAUUUUCGAAAUUUUUAAAAAUCUCGUACAUAUGUUUGGGAUACGUCGGGGCGUCACGCUGAUCAAGGUUAAACAGCAUAACGUACGGCUGAACCAUGUCAUGCGAAUAGACUUUGUUGAGUGUUCAAGGCUAGGUGCGUUUGAAAUGCGACUAACAAGCGUUUCCGGGCAAGCUUGAACGUGAUUGUAAAGGCAUAAGUUCCCACAGUGGCUUGUCAGAUUUUGAAUUUAAUUUUUACGCCAUUUUUACGACCAGGAAAGACAUAAUAGAGAGGAAAGUAUAUAAGCAUUACAACUUGAUAAUUUCAGGACUAAUUAUGUGCAUUUUAUCCCUGUGGAUACACUCCAAAUGAUCUACAAUGCCCUGAUUAAGAUUUAGCCUUAUUCUGAUUACUGCUCUCCACAUUGGGGCAAUUGAGGCAAACAACCAUUUGAUAAACUCCAAAAAUAAAUAAUCUUAGAAACAGUAAUACUGAUAUAGAUCUUCCAAAACCGAGAAGCGAGCAUACCUAAUUUUUAUGUGCAGUGAUAACCAAUUUGUGCAGCGAUAAAAGUAAAUUAAAAUGUGCAGUAAUAAAAUGUAAAAUGUGCAGUGAUAAAAUUUGCUGAGAUAAGUUGUUAAUUAAUAGGAAAAUGAGACAAUGAGCAGAAAAACUGAACUAAAAGUUCGUUUUGCCACUUGACCGUAUUAAUCAAAACAUUGAACAAGGUCUCCCACCAAAGAUUUCUUUAAUUACGAGCUUCGAAAAUGAAGUGAAUGAUACUUAACAUUUUGUAAUAAGUGUAUAAUCUUCGAAAUUCUAGAGAAUGUCCCCGCACAUUACAGUGCCCUUUUAGAGAGCCUAGCUAGAUUACAACAUUUUCUGUGGGUGCAUGCCCCUGAAACUUUUCUAGAGGUUUGUCACGCCUAAGCCGCCUUUCAUUUGCCAAGAAAAGAAAAUUCUUUCCUGCAAACACGUGAUUAUAUAUUAUGAAACUAUACUGUCGUAGAUAGUCGUAACUGCAGGUGCUGUCAAUACCUCCCAGAGGGUUGGAGGGGGAAAUGCUGGGGUCCCGGUAAAGAGGGCUCCAAAUAAAGAAUCACAGUAAAAUAUAAAUGAUAUAUAAUUGUCAACAGGCUUCCAGAAUGCAGGAUUUGGCCAUUUCUGGGAACUCAAAUUUUGAAAUUUUUCCGGGAACAAUACAGCUCCCCCCCCAAUCAUAGUGUUAGAAGAUAAAAUCACGAGGGACCGUAAAAUGAAUUUUGCCCUAGGCACUAAAAUUUCCCUGCACGAUCCUGUGUGCUGUGCAGUGAUGGUUGGUUUUGUUACUUUGGAAUAUCAAUUGUAGCCUGUUUUCUGGUUAUACAUUAUUGCAGGGGUGUGUUCAGACAUUUUCAGGGCGUGCUUCUGCUCGAAAAUGUGCAGUGAUAAAAAAUUCGUGUGGAAGGACGUUCUAAAAAAAAUCUUUAAAUGCAGUGGGGCAAAACAUUGGAACAGCCUCUCCCGGGAGGCGAAAAAGGCACAAUCUAUAUUCCUUCAAAAUGAAUAUCUAAAUUAGUAAUUACUAUUAAUACUCAUGUAUUGGACACCCCUAAUUUAAGUAUAUUUGUAUAUUUGCAAAUAUUUUAAUAUAGUUUGUGAAAAUCAACACCUGUUGAUGAGGCUAGCGUCUUUAAAUAAAUUUUACAUAGCAUGUACACGGAAAUAUAUACGAUGAUCAACAGUUUCAUAUCGCCAGCUAGACGGCCAGACUAGUAGUAACUUAAAAGGGCGUGCACAUGAAAGAACCUUCUAGUGUAGUUUGAUGUAGUGAACACUCUUCUGAAUGCGUCAAAGUAAUUUACCCAAUAUGAAUGUAUGUCACGAACGCAAUCCAACCCAUCCAAUUUGAGCGAAUUGGAAUACUGACCUGGAAGAUAGUUGGGCGUGGGGUCGUGUCCCUCUUGUGGCACCUCCACGGCAUGGCUUUACUCAGUCAGUGCAAAUUUUGAAUGACUUGCAUUAUUCAAACCUUAAGAAAUUUAUUGUGUUUAACCCUUUAGAUGCUGGUUUAUUAGUAUAGCAUGACCAGUUGCCAUGGAUAGCUCCGCCACUUGCUACACUUUCAUUCAUUCAAUUGACUUUCAAUAUAUGGCCAUAUUUUAAUUCACUUUUAAUUCUGAUUUAUUUUCUCUUUUACCUCAUUAAAUACACUUUUAAUUCUUCGCGUUUUUGGCUUACCGAAUUUGUGAACACUUUGUACAUUUGAGUCAUGAAUUACUGUUCUUACUUAAAAUGUUUCUUAUCUCUACUACAAUCUUUUAAUAUACCUUUUAAAAUUUGUGUUUUCAUAGAAUGGGUAGUGGUAACUGCAUACGAUUGUCGCUUAUUGGUGUGAAUAUAUUCUUUCUGGUAAAUUUUUCCUUUUUACAAUAAUUUACAUAACUAGUCACCUCACUGAGAUUUUAAUUGUUAUUUUAUCCAGAAGCCACUGUAUAAGUGGAGUAGAGUAGAGUAUAGACUCAACUCGACUCUUCCGCGUUGGUAAAAAUUUCCAGUCAACCGAAUGUCUGUCGGACAAAUGAAUAUCCGCCGUUCAGAUUUGACCUCGACUACCUCUAUCAUUACCUCUCACUGGCUUAGUUACGCAUCGGGUCAUGGUUAAUCGGAUAUAUCAAACACACUUGAUUAGUUGGUGGUUAAUAUAAUAGCUGUAGCGGUAGUGGAAGUCAAAUCUGAACCUCACUAUCAUCAGUCAUAAAUUCAUGAAUAUAUUUUAAUGUAUUUACAUUUUCAGCUUGGUGGGUUAGCCCUGCUUGGUCUGGGGAUCUGGGUCCAAGUAGAAAAGGGAGAUUAUGUCGCCAUUGCUGAUUCAGACACGGGGCUUUCUGGAGCUAUAUUGCUCAUUGUUGUUGGUGCUGUGACUGCAGUCAUCGCGAUUGUUGGCGUCGUCGGAGCGUUUAAACGAAAUUCAGUUUUGUUGUGGAUAGUAAGUUCGGUUCAUCUUGCACUUUUUUUAGUACAAUGGUCGGCUAUGAAAGAAGGCUUAAUCAACCAGAAACAGGGGCGUAGGAAGCAGUGGGGCCAGGGGGCCUCGCUCCCCACCCAAUAGUUUAUGUCGACGGGAUAGCUUGAUUUCUCGAAACUGGAAGUAUUUGAAACCAUAUGUAUCAUAUUAAUAAUGUACCUGCAAUUGUUUAUUGCCAUUUUUAAUAACAACAUUUUUUACGAGUAUAUAAGUAUGACAUAUAAGUGCGAGUUCCAUUACAUUGAUUAUCAGCAAGUUACUGUAAUAUUAGUCAUCCAUCCUAAUUCACGGACAGCUUACAAAUCAUAACGACAGAAUUUGAAAGGGCUUAACGAAAGUGGCAGAGAAGACCCUGAAAAUACCAUUUCCGACGAUAUGGAGACUCCAAGUUUUCAACAAUCGCCCCCCCCCCCCUAACUUUUACACGCUUUCUACGCCCCUGACACGAAAAGAUAGAGGGAGUAAUGUAGCUAAUUUCACCAGCAGCGUAUCCAGCCCGACGAUUUAGUCCCGCUAUGCAAAUAUUUUCGUGUCAGUCAUUGACUGUGAAAACAAUCAAUUUCUAAAGAAAUGAAUAAUAAUAAAAUUUUGAAUUUGCAUAGCAUGACUAAAUUGUUGGGCUGGCUACGCCACUGAAUUUCACCAUGCAUUUUGUCCAAAACUAUGCACAGAAGCAUCUUCUCUAUAAAUGCACAUGUCUGCUAAAAUGUUAACCUAUAAUUUACAAGUUCUCGCAAAUUAAUCAAAUGUAGCCAUCCAUAUAAUAUCGAUUUCACGAGGUUAGAAUGCAAGUAGUCGCAUUUCUGAAUGUUUUGACACCAAAACAUGGUAUCUUAUAAAUUGGGCAUUUGGAUGCACCCGCUGUUUUUGUAAUAACUUUUCUGACCGGCAUAAAUUAAGCGCUUACCAAUUUGUUAGUGCAUGCGCAUGUCAGAUGGUGAGAAGAGUCAAAAUGCAUGCUUCUGAGCAAGCUAAUUACACGUAUGACCAUAUCUACAUGCAUGCAAAGUCCAAAAAAAACUUAUAUUCAUAGAAUUGUUGUAUUCAAUGAUUAUAUGACUACAUUAUUGUAUUUCUAAUCGCCGCGAAACUAUGAUGUUUUUUAUACCUUAAGAAAACUACAAUAUAUUAUUAUUAUGCAACUAACUAUUUUGUAGUUCUUUUCUGUCUUGGUGAUCAUUGUUAUCGUGCAAAUUGUGGCUGUCAUCUUGGGAAUGUUAUAUAGACAAAAGGUAGUACUGCUUACUAAAAUUUCAAUAGGUACACUAGAUAAUGCUUCAAGGCAUUUUUUAACUAAUAAUAUACAUGAUAAAAUUUUUCAUUUUUGAUUGGGUGGGACCAGUGCAAUUUUUUCGAAAUACAGUGCAAAAAGUGAAAUACCGUGCAAAAAAAAAGAAAUACAGUGCAAAAAGUAAAAAUAAUAAAAAGCCCAAACAUUCCGAGUGACAAAGCUAUUAUUAAUCAGUAAUAGUACGGUUUCUCGUGGAAUUUGGAAAAACAUACACUCGUGAGUUUUUAUAGACUUCGAAUUACACUCGUUCUUCGGACUCAUACAAUUUUGAUCGUCUUUUGAAAAACUCACUGGUGCAUGUUUUUCCCAAAUUGCACUCGAAACCAUACUAAUACCUAUAUGGAUCACAUCUGCAGGGACAGAUUAAAGUAUAUUAAUGAGGGCGUCUCUUCUCCCAUGCAAUUAUGUGUACAUUUAUUACGGUCAUCGUGUGCUGACCUUUACUGAUAAGAUGGAAUAUCCAGAAAGUUAGAGAAUAUCAGAAACAGGCAAUUUUCUAACGCAACGAGGUUGCGCCUUUUUAGUAAUAAUAAAAAUGGCCCAGUGCAUCUGAAAAUCAAUCUAAAGCUAGCCAACGUCAUAGACUCUGAAUAAAUUAUAUAAAAACUACCCCCACUCUGCUCUUUAUGUUUGAAAAAGAAAAAAGAUAACAAACAAUCACUCACUGACACGUGUGUGUUGACCAUGGAAAUUUGAUAACGUACAGUAUACACAUACACAUGCGCAGAAAUCCUGCUUGAUACAUGGCUGCCAUCGUAUCUUCAACGCUUGUCUUAUCUAGCUACUAUUACUAAAUCUUCAGAAAUUUGAAUCUUCCAAACAGCGGGCGGCCAGUCCGUCUCGGGACAUAUGA